CUAGUUUCAGCAUCUCUGCUCUGCCACCUUCUGAUUCACUGCAGUUUAUUCUCUGCCCUUCCACAUACACAUUCUGCAGCUGCUGCUUCCCACUCUCCAUCUUCUGUGCUUAACCGCUUCAUUAUACCCUUUCUGCUUUACAUCCUUUAAAUUCAAACACUCCUAAUCAUCAUCUUGUUCUCACAUUUCUCUCCCUCCUUUUUUAUUCUCUCCCUUCUCUCUAUCAUUUCUCCCCCUUCUCACCCUUUCACUCCUCCUCUUUCCCCUCCCACAUUUUCUCAUCCCGGUACCGCAUUGCUGUGGUGCAGGGGUGACUGCAUUGCGCUGGGGUCGUCAAUAGGUGGACCCCCUCCAGGAGAAAUAAAACAGCUUGAACGGGAGCCGGCAGCCCCUGCUGUCUGGAGCUCAGCUACAGACAUACUCACCCCAGAGACAGCUUGAAAUCUCAAGAGGAUGGGGAAAGAGAAGACACACAUCAAUAUUGUUGUAAUCGGCCAUGUGGACUCUGGCAAAUCCACCACCACUGGCCACCUUAUCUACAAGUGUGGAGGCAUUGACAAGAGGACAAUAGAGAAAUUUGAGAAGGAAGCAGCUGAGAUGGGAAAAGGCUCUUUUAAGUAUGCCUGGGUCCUUGACAAGCUGAAGGCCGAGAGGGAGCGUGGGAUCACCAUUGAUAUCUCUCUGUGGAAGUUCGAGACAACAAAAUAUUAUAUAACUAUUAUUGAUGCUCCAGGACAUCGGGACUUCAUUAAGAACAUGAUUACUGGUACCUCACAGGCAGAUUGUGCUGUUCUGAUAGUGGCAGCGGGUGUGGGUGAGUUUGAAGCUGGAAUCUCUAAGAAUGGGCAGACCCGUGAGCAUGCCCUACUGGCCUAUACCCUGGGGGUGAAACAGCUAAUUGUUGGCAUUAACAAAAUGGACUCAACUGAACCACCUUAUAGUGAGAAACGUUAUGAUGAGAUAGUCAAGGAAGUCAGUGCCUACAUUAAAAAGAUUGGAUACAAUCCUGCUACUGUGCCAUUUGUACCCAUCUCUGGCUGGCAUGGAGACAACAUGUUGGAACCCUCUCCCAAUAUGCCCUGGUUCAAAGGCUGGAAGGUUGAGAGAAAGGAAGGCAAUGCCAAUGGAGUGUCCCUCUUGGAGGCUCUGGAUACCAUCCUUCCCCCAACUCGUCCCACAGACAAACCCUUACGUCUCCCCCUUCAGGAUGUCUAUAAAAUUGGAGGAAUUGGCACGGUCCCUGUUGGCCGUGUGGAGACUGGUGUCCUGAAGCCAGGCAUGGUUGUUACAUUUGCCCCUGUGAAUAUUACAACUGAGGUUAAGUCUGUGGAGAUGCACCAUGAGGCAUUGAGUGAGGCACUGCCUGGGGACAACGUUGGAUUCAAUGUUAAGAAUGUCUCCGUAAAGGACAUCCGCCGAGGCAAUGUGUGUGGGGACAGCAAGUCUGACCCACCCCAGGAAGCUGCACAAUUCACCUCUCAGGUGAUAAUCUUGAACCAUCCUGGUCAGAUCAGUGCUGGAUAUUCACCUGUCAUUGACUGCCACACUGCUCACAUCGCCUGCAAGUUUGCUGAGCUGAAAGAAAAGAUAGAUCGCCGAUCUGGGAAGAAACUGGAAGACAAUCCCAAGUCUCUAAAAUCUGGAGAUGCCGCCAUUGUAGAAAUGAUUCCUGGAAAGCCUAUGUGUGUGGAGAGCUUCUCUCAGUAUCCACCUCUUGGGCGUUUUGCUGUGCGGGACAUGAGGCAGACCGUAGCUGUGGGGGUGAUCAAAAAUGUAGAGAAGAAGAGCGGAGGAGCUGGCAAGGUCACUAAGUCUGCACAGAAAGCCCAGAAAGCCGGCAAAUGAAUUCUGGGCUCCCUCCGCCUGGCACACAAGCCCUGCUCCUCUGAGAGGGUUCGCCCCCUUCCCUUUGAGGUGCACGCCCGCCCAUCUGCUUGUAAAAGCCUGUACGUUAACGACUGGAUGCUCACCAUUAAAGUCCAGUGGAAGUUCUUUAAGAGGAAAAGCAUGUCCCCACUGUGUGACCCAUAGUGUCCAUUUUACCAAUUAAACUGUUGCAACAUAUAA